GUCUUAUUUCUCCCGGGACUCCAAAAUUGAUGUGUAAAGUUUGAGUAUGGUGGACCGACAGGUGUUGAUGGAGCACUUAGGUGCCAGCAGAAUGAAUUCCAAAGCCAGCACGCAAUGUGUCAACAAGACCACUAUCUCUGGAGGAGAUUUUUCCCUUAACACCCCCAAUAUUCCCCACUCUUUACCCUCUCCCCUUCCUCCUCCACCUGCACUAAAGCCCUUGGAGCUCGGAGGACAAAACCUGCCUGCUGAGGUUAAGAUUGAAAGAGACAAAAUAGAAAAGGCAGACAAACUCUUGGACAAGGCUCAGUCUACUCCUCCUUCUCUGUUGCCACAGGCCGGCCCCCAGCAGCAGUCCCAGCCUCAGACCCAACCAUCCACCCACCCUCACCACUACAGCUCCACCAGCUGGCAGGGUGGCACCGCAACGGGUUGCCAGGGCAGCUGGGGAUACACCCGUUACCCUGGCAACCAUCACCCACACCAACCACAGCACCAGCCCCCUGUGCAACAGCAGCAACUUCCUUCUGUUUACAACCCUCCAUCCUCUCGCCACUCCUCCUCCCACCCUUCUUACCUCCCCCACCCUCACACCCACCCCCACAGGGAGUACCUUCCCAGGUACGCUGGGGGGGGAGGGGACAGAGAGAGGGGGGCUGUAGGAGAGAGGGAGAGGGGAGUGAGGGGGGAGUGUGUGGGGAGGGAGAUCAACAGAGAUUUCUCUGCUCCCAUUGGCAACAGCAGCAACAAUAGUAGUGUGAGUAAUAGUACUACUGCUUGUGGUGGGAUGGGUGGGUCGAAUAGCAUCCAAGGCAGGGAGUUUGGUGGUCUUCCAGUGGGUCAGAACCGGGAUUUCCAAGGUUCUGGGAGGGAUGGACCGAACCAGGGUGCAGAAAGAAGAGACUUUGGUCCAGGUUUCAGAGAUAGAGAGCGGGAAAGGGAUGGAGGGAGGGAGUUUCCUCUGACAAACCAAAACCAGAGUAGAGACUUUGGCCCCAACGGAACUGGGGGGGGGCAUCCCAGAGACAAAGAUGGAGGCCGAUGGGGGGAUUUUGGGGGUCAGACAAGAGAGGUUGUAGGCGUAGGCAACAAUAACCCAAACAACAACUCCAUUGCCCAGGGAAAACCACCAAAUUCAACCGGUGGGCUACCUGCCACCCCAAUGCUAAACCGAGACCCACCCUCGUCACCCCAAAGCAACCCAAGUCAUCCAUCCCAUUCCUCCCUGCCCCCACAACCCCAUCCGCAUCCCCCAAACUCAUCCAGCCGAGACUUCCCUCCUACCAUGGACCAGGCACAAACCCCUCCUUCUGGAGCAGACCACUUUCACAGAGAGUAUCCUCCAACAGGAGGAAAAGACUUUCCUCCCGGUGCUCCUGCAUCCACAGGCACAAAUCGAGAGUACCUCAGCCCCCCUCGGGUAACUCCAAACUUGGGAAGAGAGUAUUCAGGGCCUGUAGGAACCCAUCACCCCCACUCAACUCACCCCCACUACCAGUCUGGGCCCAGAGAAAGAGAGAGAGACUCAAACCUGCGAGAUUCUGCUUUGUACCAAAACCGUGGAGGGCCAAAUCAGCCUCCUGCACUGUCUCCUUCCUCCUCUUCCAGCCAUCAUGGACACCCACCAAAUUCUUCCUUUGCCCCACCACCACCCCAAGCUCCUCUACCCCCAUCUCAGACCUCGCACACCCAGCCACCCCUUUCAGGCAUUGCACCAAAUGUACGUCCCCCGCACUAUCAGUCGUCCGCCCAGACCCCUUCAACACCUUUAUCUCCAUUACCCAGCCCAUCCACAAAUCAAAUGGGAGGCUUCUCAUCUUUCUCCCCUGGCUCCUCAUCUGGACCCAAUAUGCCCCCUCCUGGACCAGGUGUGUCACCUGGAUGUCGUCCCUCCCCUUUCCAUGGUACUUUGAACAGCCACCCUCCUUUCAGUGGAACUUACCACUCCAAUGGUAGUGGCAGUAACAGCAAUAGCAACAGUAGCGCACCCAAUAGCAGCAAUACCAACUCACAGGCAGUCUCACCUCAAAAUGUUUCAAAAGGACCUCCACCUCUUAGUAACUCAGCCAACAACAAUAGCAGCAUUUCAACCCCUGCUUCCAGUUCUUCAGUCUCGGGCGGAGACGGACAUUUGGAUUCUGGCCCACCUCCCACACCUGUUAUCAAAGAAGAACCAAUAGAAGAAAGGGAAGAGACUGAAAGCCCACCACCGGUGUUGAGAAGUCCCUCUCCUGAACCAAAACCAGUAGACAUUCCCAUCCACGCCAGUCAAUCAGCAAGGUUUCACAAGGUCCUGGACCGUGGUAGCGCAAAUUCCUGUGCCCGCAGUGAUGUCCUUUUUGUCCCUUUGGACGGCUCCAAACUGUGGAAGAAGAGGAAUGAGGUGAUCGAAAGGGCUCGCAGGGAGGUUGAGCAGCGGGCCAGAGACCUCAGAGAAAAAGAGAGAGAGCGGGAGAGGGAGCGGGAGCGUGAGAGGGAACUAGAUCGACAUCUACAGCAGCAGAAGGAUAUUAACGCCGCUGGAGGGGGUCGCCAGGGGUCCUCUCUCUUCUUCCCCUCCUCGUCUUCGAUCAUCCUUGACCCUUCAUCUUCUUCCUCUUCCUCUAACAACUCUGUCUCCCACCCUCCCCAUCACCCCCAACAUCAUCACUCCCAUCCGCAUGCUCACCUUGCUCAAGCCCACCAUCUCCACCCAAGCCUGGCUCACUCCAUUCCCCACUCCCUCCUUCUGCCAUCCAUGGGUGGGACAUCUACAGUUGUUGGCCCCCAAGGAGCCCUUGGAAUAGGUUUAGGAGGUCCAUAUCUGGGCCCUGACACCCCAGCACUGAGAACCCUGAGCGAGUAUGCUCGCCCUCAUGCUAUGUCUCCACUCGGAGCAGCAAGUCGUGCCCAAGCGCACCACGCGCAAGUUCACCAUGGACAUCCCCACGUCCACCCAUCAUUCUUCCUUCCUCAGUUCCAGAAUCAUGCUUUAGGCCACCCGCAUCACCUGCCAACUGAUGCAGCUACGGCUGCAGCCAUCUUGGGUUUUCUGUAUGGUGGCAGCCUUGAAGGGGGUCCAGGUGUUGGAGGCCACGCUGGAAUGGCAGGAGGGCCAAUACCGGGAGGGAUGGGGGGUGCAGGGUUUGGAGGAGUCGGCUUUCCCCAUGCAGUGGCUGCACAUCGAGAGCGAAUGAAGCAAGGAUUUGAAUUUAAGAGUGAUGAGCGGAUUUACCAGCCAGGAGCAAUGCCUGAUCACGCUGCUCUUGCCCUUGCUCACUCUCAUUCUCAUGCCCAUGCUCAUGCCCAUGCUCAUGCUCAUGCACAUGCUCAUGCACAAGCCCAAGCCCAAGCCCAGGCCCAGGCACAAGCCCAAGCCCAAGCCCAUGCCAAUGCCCAUGCGCACGCACAUGCACAUGCACAUGCACACACACAUGCACACUCCCUGCUACUUGGAGGAGGUGCAACAGGAACUAAUGAGGUGACACUAUAUGGCACUCCUCCUCCUCCCACUCCGACUGGCCCCCCGCACCUGCAGAGCCCUACCCUGGCCCCAGUAACUCGACCCCCCAACCCUCCUGCCUCUCAGUCCUUGUCCAAUCCACCCCCUUCAUCUCUCCUAACACCCACUCUUCCCUCUCACCCAUCAUCGGCACCACCGGCUGCCCCCCCAACCCCAACAGGCCCAGCUGCUCCUCCGCCAGCUCCUCCUCCACCUGCUCCACCAACAUCCAAUGCCUCCUCGCUUCAUCAUCCGGUCCCCCAUUCUUCUUUUCCCAGCUCCCUGUCCUCUCAUUUGCCACCAGCCGCUACUCCAGCCGCUCCCCCAGAUAACUACCCCACUCCUACUCGCUCUCCUGCCCCCUAUGAGCGCGACAGGAGUGGGGAAAGAGAGCGGGAGAGGGAGAGAGACAGAGCAGCUUUGCCGGCAUUUGGGGACAGAGAGCGAGAAAGAGAAAGGGAGAGAGAAAGAGAAAGGGGAGGAAGUGGUGGAAAUGGAGGAGGAGGAACAGGAGGAGGAACGGGAGGAGGAGGAGGAGGAGGAGCGGGAGGAGGAACAGGAGGAAAUGGAGGUGGAGGAGAGAAUCUGGGACGUCUUCAGAUGUUGAAUGUGACACCUCAUCAUCACCAGCAUUCCCACAUCCACUCACACCUUCACCUGCACCAGCAAGACACAGCGACGGGCGGGGUACUACCCCUGAUGGACCCGUUGGCGUCGGGGUCUCCUUUGACACGCCUCCCUUACCCAGGAGCCACACUAGGCACCCCCAUCCUGGCUCACCCCCUCACUGACAGCGAGGUGCUCCGCCAACAGCUGUUCGGUGAGGAGAAGGCUCCUCGUCCAUGUGCUCCUUUCCGUGACCUGCCCCAGCCGUCCUCCCUCACUGGUCCUAUGUCGGCAGCCCAUCAGCUGCAGGCCAUGCAGCAGGCCCAGAGCGCAGAGCUGCAGAUCCAGCGACUGGCUCUGGAACAACAGUGGAUCCAUCACCAUCACCACCACUCCCUCACCCAGGACGAGUAUUACAGUCACCUGAAGAAGGAAAGUGACAAAUCCCUGUGAGGGAGGGGUACGACAAAGAGCAACAUGGAGAAAAAACGAGGGAAAAUCUGUGCAAAAUGAAACGCAAAAGAAAAGGCUCUGACGACAACAACAAAGAAAGCAAAGACUCCAAACGAAAGCUGGACUAAUGGACGGGGAACCUACUGAAGAAAACAAGAAGCUUCUUGAAGGAUUAAGGAAAGAAGGGCGCCUGAAAAUGUUGCACACAAUCCCUGCUAGCUGCACCACGUUGAAGAUCCAGACUCUGGCGCUUCCCCGCAUAAUGUUCUCAAACUCCAGUCCUGUUUUGUAUCGUGCUCUGUACAGUAUAUUAGAUGGGAGAGGCCAUAGUGAAGUACAGUAUGUGUAAAAUACUCGAUGCCAGAAGGAAUGUGUACAUGAGUCUCUUUUAUGUCUUUGCAUGUAGCUAGGCGCUUAUUCUGAACUGGUGGAACUUUUGGUUCUGUUUUUAGUAAUUACCCCCCUCAUUUGUAUUUGAGGGGCGUUCUAUAUGCAUGAGACCAGCAAUUUAGUGUUAUGUUAUGUUUAUUAUCAAUAGUGUUGUUAUUAUGAUUAAUGUUGUCUGUUUGUUGAUAAUGAUAUAAUUAUAUAUACAGUACAUAUUAUUUGUAUUAUUUUUUUACAUUUUCAUGGUAUGGCAGUUGGUUUUUAUUUUAUUUUUUAUUUUCAAUUUACCUUGUGAAACAAGAUGCAAAUGAAGGAAAAAAAAUCUGGAAAUAAAUUAUAAUCUUUU